AUGCAGGGGUUCGCCUAUAGCUAUAGUUCCGCUGGGAAGUGCCUUGAAAGUAAAACCCAUCAUGAGUGGCAAGUUGCAAACUGGAGACUCAAAGAUCGUAGAUUGACUAAAAUUGAGGAUGUUAAUGAAGAAAAUACCUAUAUAUGUCUUGAGGCUAGCUUCGACUACUUGAAGAAUAUGGAGACCAAGACAUGUUUCUUGUUGUACUCUUUAUUUCCUGAAGAUGAUAAGAUUUAUGUGGAGAACUUGGUAGGAUAUGCAUGGGGACUGGAGUUGUACUCAAUUAAAGAUGUUAGAAGUGAAGUGCUUGCAUCAAUUGAGACCCUCAAGAGCUCCGGUUUGUUGCUAGAUUGCGGAAAAAUGCAUGUCAAAAUGCAUGAUGUGGUUUGCCAAUUUGCUUUAUGGAUAGCAUUUUCAAGAAAGGAGAUAUCUUUUGGGACUGUUGAAACACUCCUGAUGGAUGAAAGUUUCAAGCAUUACAUAGCAAUCUCCUUCGAAACUGAUCAAACGGAUAAACUUCCUAAAGGAGUGGGUUUUCCAUACCUCAAACUUCUUUUAGUUGGCAGUUUCAUGGAAUGUUCAAGCAAAUUCUUUGAGGGUGUGAAAGCAUUACAACUAAAGACACUUAAUAAUCUCUCUUUAAGUCAAUCUGAUAUCACUGAAUUGCCGACUGAAGCUGGUGAUCUGGAAAAUCUAAGGCUUUCAUUAAAAUGGGCGACUGAGAACACAACUCAAAGAGAAAGCUAUUCUAGCCUGUCGGAGUUGGAUUUAUUGCCAAAGUUGGUUGUAAUAUCAUUGGAUAUUUCUUCUAAACAUCUUCUGGAUGGCUUUGUGUUUCGUAGAUUAUGGAGCUUUGAUUUUUGCAUUGGCAUAGAAAGAGAAAUGUGGUACCAAAAGGGGGAAGCUUAUCCAAUCUCAAGAUCUUUGAGAAUCAAUAACUCUAUAGAUGCAUGCAAGCAGCUAUUUGAAGAUGUAGAAUCUCUUCAAUUGAAUGAUGUGGAGGGUCACCCAAACCUUAUUCCAAGCUUGGACUUGAGAUUUAGUAAGUUGAAUUUUCUAGAUCUUGAUUGGUGCGACUCUAUGCAAUGCCUAAUUGAUGCAUCAAAGCAACUGGUGCCAAUCACUGUAUUCUCUAAUUUGAGAAAGUUAUCAUUAAUUAAUAUGUUUGAUUUGGAAGAGAUGUGCAAUGUUCCCCAGCCGCAAGGUUUCUUACAAAAGCUUGAAGAGGUUAUAGUUUCAGAUUGUGAUAAGAUGCAAAUGUUAUUCCCAAUUGCUGAAUUGAGGAGCCUAGAACAAGAAGCGCCCAGCCGUCAUUUAAGCCUCCAAAGUCUGAAGAUCGUUGAAAUAGAGAGAUGCAAUAAUUUGAAAUAUAUCUUCCCAGUUGCUAAUAGCCCUGGGUAA